AUGAGAACCCAAGCCAAUGAUGUUCAUCCAAAGACUACUACUGCAAUGGUUGGUAUCAUGGUGUUCAUCCAAAGGACUACUACUACAAGCAUCUUGUUUGCUGAGGUGGUUAGGAAGCCAAAAAGAAAUCGAGUCAAAAAGUAUGGUAAUAAAGCUGCAAUAAAUAGGAUCAAGACAAGAUGUAGAAAAGUUUGGAAGAACACAGAUGAGGUACCCAAGCGCACUCCCAAUGAUGCACAAUGGUGUCUCAACAAUUCCAACACUCUUACGGUCAAGAAUUUUGUCAUUGAAUUUGGUCUCACCGAUCGACAAUACACAGUGACAAGAUACCAAAACAUUUUGAGUGCACACUUUAGUAGAGACAGAAGAGAAAAUCUUCUUCAAGAUUUGGAUGGAUGGAAGAAGUCUCUUGAUGCAAAGAUUUUUUGGAAAGAACAAGCAAGAAAACAAAUAGUAGCUGAAACUCGUGUAAGAUGCUCAGCUUUUGUUGAUUCAAUAAUUCACGAAGAAGGUCCACAAGGAUCAUCAAUCAACAACGAUGACAGCAAUAAUAAUGUUGAAAGCAGCAGUAGCAGCAGCACCAACAAUCGUGAUCGUGGUACCAACAUCAAUAAUUCUGAUGAUAGCAACCAUAAUGAUCGUAGUAUCAGCGAACGUAAUCACAGCAGUAGCAACAGCAAUAUUAAUAGUAACAAUGAAAGUAAUAGUAACAGUAACAAUGGUAAUACUGGUAGUUGUAACAAUAAUAGUGGCAGUAAUACAAGCAAUAAUAAUAAUAGUAGUAGUUCAGAAAGCAGUAAUCCGGGUACAUUAACACCAACCAAAAUACAUACCCCAUUCAUCAUUAAACACGUCAAUGUCACUGACACAUUUAAACAAUACCAAGAAUACAUUUCAUCACACUACCCAACAUUUACAAUUGAAAAAGAUCUACAAGAAAUCAUGGCAAUGGCUAAUAUCUUGUUCUUGGCACCCGAUGACCAUAGUGAUUGCAAAAAAAAAAUAUUCCAAUUGUCCAACCUUGACUUGAUGUGCACAGAAAUGUUACAAGAAUUAAAAAUUCUCGAUACCCAAGAAAACAAAGAAUUAUUUAACGACGACGAAUUUAUCAAGGUUACAAGGAUUAUCAAUGAAGUUGCUGAGAAAACGAAAACCAUCAGAACGGCCAAAUUGGAGCUACUCACAUUGGCGGCUUCCAUGGAAGGUGGUAAUAAAGGAAGCGUAGUUAAAGGAGUAGCAAACUUAUUAACAAAGUUGUCAAGAGUCGAGAUCCUCAACAUGGAUAAAUUGGGAGAAGUCGAACUACAAACAACAUAUUAUGAUGCCUUGUUAUCCGAGCUUAUUGCCGAUCAAGAUAAGAAUGAGCAAACUGAUAUACGUUCUGAUGCAAUUGUUUCAAUGAUCAUGCAACACAACUUUGGCCACCCUGUUGGUUUCGGAGAAGUAAAGCCUGGCAACAGUUCUACAACAAAACAUUCAGUAUCACUCGAUGUCUUACACUUAGGAAUUGCUUCAAAAAGGGCAAUUGACAAGUGGAAACUGAACUCGUGCUUUGGAUUCAUGAUCAAUGGAUUUGAUCUAACAUUCUUUAUUACAAAAAAACAACACGAAAAUUGCUACACAAUGCUGGAAAUUGCGCAGUUCACUUAUGCUUCGUCCUUAUUGAACCUACAUUCUUUUGUAUCAAUAAUGAACUUGAACAAGCUGACAAAAGUCGGGCGAUGUUUCUGGAAUGAAUGUCAUGCUACUAAUGUUACGCGAGAUGAUGAAGCUGGUGCUAUGGCAAAUGAUGACGCUGGUGUUGUCCCAGUAUCCAAAUUAUAUGCACUGAUCAGCAGGACUUGCAACUGA